AUGACUGGAGAUCCUCAAUCACCUGUGUCGUCUAGGACCAUUUCUAUGUUCACUGGUCGGAAAUCGCUUUCUAUUCAUGAAGAAGAGCAAGAAGUCCAAAAAAGACUAUAUUCCCAACAGCACCACCUGGCUCGAUCGUCAAAUAUUUCCUGGACAGAUGUCGUACACCUAGGGGGCUUGCGGUCAGGGAUGGUCAUGAGAGGAGAAGCAGCGAAGACUCAUGCCGGUAUGAGCUACGCCUUAAGUCGAUCCUCGAGAGCCUUCAACAUUCAGCUCAGGCAAUCUCUUGGGAGAAGAUCCGGACAAGGACACUACAGAAUGGUAGCAACGAUUCUCCCUGCUGUUCUUUCGACAGAAUAA